CGGGCGCUCGCCGGACACCCGGUCGCGCGCGGCCGAGUCGCGGAGGCGCCCGCUGCAGUGGCCGCAUCUCCGAGCAACAUGGCUGACAGCAAGGCCAAGGCCGCCAAGGCCGCCAACAAGACACCCCCCAAGUCCCCAGGGGACUCCGCAAAGGACAGAGCGGCCAAGAGGCUGUCACUGGAGACAGAAGGUGCCGGCGAAGGGGCGGCCGCUGCGGCCCCAGAGCUCAGCGCCCUGGAGGAGGCUUUCCGGCGCUUUGCCGUGCACGGGGACACCAGGGCCACCGGGCGGGAGAUGCACGGCAAGAACUGGUCGAAGCUGUGCAAGGAUUGCCAGGUCAUCGAUGGGAAGAAUGUGACCGUCACUGACGUGGACAUCGUCUUCAGCAAAAUCAAAGGGAAAUCCUGCCGGACCAUCACAUUCGAGCAGUUCAAGGAGGCGCUUGAAGAGCUCUCCAAGAAGAGAUUCAAAGACAAGAGCAGCGAGGAGGCCGUCCGCGAGGUGCACAGGCUCAUCGAGGGCAAGGCCCCCAUCAUCUCAGGGGUGACGAAGGCCAUCUCGUCGCCCACUGUAUCCCGGCUCACGGACACGACCAAGUUCACGGGCUCCCACAAGGAACGCUUCGACCCAUCAGGCAAGGGCAAGGGCAAGGCGGGCCGUGUGGACCUGGUGGAUGAGUCGGGCUACGUACCGGGCUAUAAGCACGCGGGCACCUAUGACCAGAAGGUGCAGGGUGGCAAGUAGCCAGCCCAGGAGCAGCCCUUCCCGCGGGGGCCCGCGCCACCUCACACUUCAUUACAUUCCCUUGCUCCCUGGGGCAGAACUCAAGACUGGGGCCCCGGGGGGCCGCGGGGGUGGCAGUCAGGCCUCCCCCUGCCUGGGGCCUGGCAUGCUUCUCUCUGACCCCCAAGUGGGGCCCCGAAAUCACUGACCGUUUCUAACACACCUGCCUCGUCCAGUGCUGGCCGACAACACAUGGCCUUUUUCAGAGCGUCUCCUGGGACCAGACCACACUAGCUACCUGACUUACAGGCGAAAAGGCCAUUUUAAAGGGGCCGGUGAGCCACAAGGGGUGAGUGGGACAGACCCUGUCAGAAGGUGGCCACCUGCUGAACUGCAAACCCCUCCCUGGAACCUCGAGGGUAGCACAAGCUAACGCACUAACCAGCAGCACCAAGAAGACAGAAGUGAGCUGCUAACAGGACAUCUUGAAGGUGUGGGGAGGUGGGACAGGUGCUUGCAUGUGCACAAACACUCACACAUACCCACAUGUGUGUGCCUGCAAUACGCACAUGCUCGCACACACACACACACACACACACACACACGCACACACGUCGUGGAGCCGGAGGAAGGUGAGCCAGUGGAAGGGGCUCCUCAGUGGACCAGAGGAACACGGUCUGAAGUUGUCAAAAUGGAAGCCAAGGACAAGACCGUUCACUUUAUUGUGUUUUCCUAAGAAGAAACUGGAAACGUAUUUGUUCCCAGAAUGGGUCAGCGAAGACAGAAUACCGUUUCUGCCCCUUUCUCUCCUGCCCUUUGUGUCUCUAGGCCAGGAGACCCUGCUGGCCGAGGCUUCCCGGGCAGUCGCUUUGCUGGCAUGAUGCUGUCUUCUGUCCGGGGCCCCACUCUGCACUCAGGGCCUCCGGGCUGUGGGUCCCCGUGGCUGCUCCCUGUUCGCUGUUCAGCUUCGUGGUUCAGUCUCUGCAUGAGUCUUCCCUAACCUCUCCCAACCCCUGCAAAUGCAGAAAACCACACGACAGAGGCAGGCCCACAAAGGGCCCCGAGGCCAGCAGCAUUUGUUGGCAUUUGGUUUCUCCGUGAGGCUGGACAGGGGAGCCGAGCAUUGGGACUCUUGUCACAGCGGCUUCAUGGGGACAUGUCCCCUUGCAGAAGUGCCACCAAGCCUGGCGAGUGAGUGGUGGGGCCGUGUGGUCCUGGCGCUGGUCCUGGGAAAAGCCCAUGGGAGCCUCAGGGAAAUGCUUCUUGGAGCCCGUCCACCCUGGCCACUGUUCUGUGUCCGUGGCAGCUGGCUGGUUGGGGGCACUCCCUGGCGCACAGCACAGGCGGUUGAAAUAGACCGGCACCGGGGUGGCACCCGCACCCGCCUCCCUGUGCCCAAAGGGCAUGCUGGUCGUCACUAGAGCCGGGGAUGGUCCCUCGUCUGUGCGGUGGGGCUCGGGGCUCGAGCUCCCAUCCAGCAUGGCCCCUCUGAAGGGAUGUGGUCCUCCCCCUCGCCCCCACAGUGGGGCCUCGCCAGCAGCUUCCUCCCGAGGUUCUGAGACUUCCCAGGGCGUAAAAUCAGAGAUGGCUGCAGGCCUUGAGGCACCUGUGCUCACUGCGGUCUCUAGUUUCUACCUGGGCGAUCCUGAGCUGCCCCGCCAGGCCUCUCCACCCCACGGUGGGGGAAGGGGGAGAAACCGAGGACUGAGUGCUGGAGGAGGGACAAGCAAGCAGGACACAGGACCCCCGGCUGGACCCGCGGUGAGGAUCUGGAGGCAAGGGGAGGACGUGGGAAAUGUUGGAAGGUACUCUGAACACGACAAAUGUUUCUCAACAGCGAGCAGAUCACAAACAAGACCUCCUCCCAGAUCCUCUUGGGCACCAUGUUGGGGAGCACCGUCUGAGGCGGUGGGGCUCCGCCUCCUGCCAUUAAACACCUGGGUCCCCACUAGCACAGCCAUGACACAGCGUGGACACUGGAGUCCAGCAGGACCUUGGCUCCCACAGUGUGCAUGCCCCAGUGAGCAGAGGGACGAGGGUCCCCGUGCCACAGCCUGUACCGGGAAUGCAUAGCCCCCCUCACCCCCAGGAGGCCAUCUUCUGUGCCAGAACGGAGUCUCCAGGCAUAACAGCCUCCCCAGGACCACCCUGGGAGACUGGGGUCUAAGCAAGAGAAACCACACAUCUGCCUGCCCAUGGGGACCCCUGCUGUCACGCCCUCCCCACAGCAGCCCUCUUCUUAGCGGAAGGCACCAGUGCCGCGGGCUGGUGGAGCUGAGCUGCUCACUUGUGACCAGCGUUUCCCAGUGCCCUCCUGACUGUUCUCACAGCACCUUCCCGUGGGGUUUGUGAAUGGGACCCCUUGGCGGUCCACCCCGUCCCACAGCAGGGAGGUCCGGUUGGCCACACAGGGGCUACAGUCUCCCCUGCCUCCCCUGCCCAACCCCAAAGCCUCUUCGGACGGCGCCCGUCCCCAAAGCCUGGACGUUCCCUCAGUCAGGAAGGAGGGGGAGGCAGCAAAGACUCCAUCACGAGACUUCAGCGCUCUCCAUUCCAUCAGCUUAAAAUCAUCUGCUAAACGUGUCGCCGCAUGUGUGUGGCCCCCGCACACGCACACACACGCAUGCUCCUCCAUCGGGGUCUGAACACGGAGAACACACAGGCAGGGUGUGUGUUUGCUGCAUGUUAUAUGCAAUGCCAAUUAGCUUCUACUAACCGCGUUACCCAGAAAUCCAGCGUCUAUGUGUGAGCGAGAGACCGCACAGCACGAGGAGACAGGACGCGUUCUGCCAGGGAGGGCAGGGCUGGCAGCAUCUGAGUGUCAGGAGAACUGGAGGAGGGUGCUUAACACUGAUCACACCAGAACACUUAUUUAUUUCUAUUUAACGUGAUAGGAUAGGCAACUAGGCGGCGGUAACAGUCAGCUUUACCAAAAUGAAGUUCAAAUCAUGUAAGUUUAGGAUGUUAUCGCAGAAGAUAUAUAUUUAUACUGGAGUAUUUUCACACCUCUAGUGUCCCCAGUCCUACGUUUGCGGCAGAUGAAAAUCACAGCCGAUGCGAGAAGCCGGGGAACGGUGCGCCAGGCGGCUCAAGGGCACCGCUUCCUGUUGGUGUGGCUCUGCGUCCGCGUCCCCGUGCUCGGCGCUCAGGACAGGCCGCGGGCGUCCCCCUGGCUGCUCGGUGGACAGGGCCUGCGGCAGCGGGCUCGUGCCCCCACCCCAGACUGCCUCCGUGAAUAGUUUUCUGGCGCCCAGCUGUGCCCGUGUGCUCAGUCGGGCAGGACGUGUGGCUGCUUUUGCGCCACGUCGCGUGGUGGUGGUAGGAGGGGACGCCUAAAAUUUUCACCAUCUGGCCCUUUACGGGAAAAGCAUGUGCUGGCCCUGCCCUGGGGACCCAGCCCAGCUCUCUCCAUACACAAGCUGGCUGCUCCCCCAUCCCGCGGCCCACGCCACAUGGGACGCCCCGUCGUCACCUGUUCCGUGCAGGCCAGGUUGACAAUUCAGCUGUACUGUGAAGUUACCAAUAGGCUAGAAUGUCCUUAAAACACUGACCCCGAACAGCUCCCCUCCACUGAUUGACUACUGAACACUGUGGAACCUGGUGGUUCAGGGUAUGGCCUCUGUCCCUGGGCAUGUGGAGGGCAUGGCCCCAGGUGGGCUGGGCAGUGGCCACCCUGAGCUUCGAGAGGUUUUUUUCUCUCCCUCUAGACUCUUGAAAACCCAAACCAAGCCAAACACAAAGGAAACCCACACAACUUAAAAGAAACUUGAAAGGGAUCGUAUACUACUAGUUUGUACUAAGUUUUUUUUCAGGAAAGGGAAAUAAAUUUAUAUAUAUAUGCAAUAUAUUUUUACACUGUUUUGUUACCAUUAGGGAGUCCUGAGUGUAUCACUUUAUCAGUGUGAUGGUGAAGAGUAGAGUCGACGUCUUGGGUGUUCUGACUCAGAAAGGCACGUCUGCUGGCGUCUCAAAGCCGCACUCAACCAGGGAUAUGGAUGGGAUCGGGGUGGCCCUCCUCUCCCUCCCAGAGCGUGAGACACGGUGUCCCCGGUCAGAGCUGACCUGCAAGGCCUGACCUGCAAACCUGUAGCGAAACGGCUCGUGUCUGUCUGCAUACUGCUCCUCCUGUGUUCGCUGUUAACAUUGUGUGUCAAAUUGGUAAAGUGAUAAAUAAAGGUGUUGAAAUGUG